AUGUCAGGUGAUGACUGUCCCGUUGCCGCCGCGUAUGCCGAUGAUUUGAAGAUUUUUAGCGACACCGAGGACGGCAUCAAGAGCCAGCACACUCUUGUGGUUGACUUCCUACGUUGGACCGGCAUGGCUGCCAACCCACUGAAGUGCAGCACCAUGUCGGUUCAGCGCAACAGUCGCUACGUCUUACAAGUUCAAGACAUUGGACUCGAACUAGAUGGUACCCCGAUCCCCUCACUUUCCGUGGAUGAAACGUACAAGUACUUGGGGAUCGGGGAUGGUUUUGACCACGUCCGCCGUCGCGUCGAGCUUGCUCCAGCUAUUACGCAGCUCAAGCACGACGCGACGGCACUGUUUCAAUCUGGAUUGGCACCAUGGCAGGUGGUGAAGGCGGUGAAGGUGUACCUUUACCCGCGGGUCGACUACGCCCUCCGGCACCUGAGACCGUUUGCUCAACAGCUGGAGGGCUUCGAUCGCCACCUUGUGCGCGGCCUACGCCACCUGCUGCGGCUACCAACAAACUCAACCACCGCGUUCUUCUACACGCCGGUGUCACGUGGUGGUUUGGGUUUGUUGCCGCUGACGGAGCUGCAUGGUGCGUUGAAAGUGGCUCAUGGGUGGCAGAUGCUGAACUCACCUGACCCUGCCACCCAACGUAUCGUUCGCCUGCAGCUUCGUCAGAUAGCUGACGCCCGAUACAAGCUGGAUGGUCAAGCAUGGAAGGACCGCGAGGAGGAGCUAUGUCAGCUCCUCCUCAACAGCAAGCUCGGUUCGUCAGACCCAGCCCCACCCAAACGUCGUAACGCUGACAUUGGGUCACUGUGGUUUGGCGUGCGCGGUCAUCUGCAGCGCUUUGGUCUACAGCUGGAGACAUCUCCAGCGUGUGUGGAUACAGGUGAAUCUGCGGUGAGCUUCCAGCUUCGCGUGCCGUACCACGCUAAGUGGCUUGACCAUCGUUCGGUCCUGCGGCACGUGAAGCUACACUUGAAGAACAAGCACUGA